AUGGCUGAACAGAAGCUCCACGCAGAGCCGGAAGGUGUCAUAUCUACUGCUCGUGGGGGCCAUUGGAACGGUCCGGGGGGUUCCGUGGAUGUCUCGGUGGGACUCUGGGACAUAUUUAGAGAUUAUAUGGGCGACACAGUGGCCAUGCAAUAUUACUUACAUAAUAAAUCAAGAUCACCACAUUAUGGGAGUAUUAGAGUUACUGUCGCAGUUUUCGGCGUGCCGUUAAACGCAGCUAAUGACCAGCAAGUUUCAUAUUGCAUGUUCAAGCAAUUAACCGCCAAGCGCGCUAAACUUGGGCGUAAUGUUGAUUUAAAGUUCAUCCCAGUUCCACCAGUAUAA